CAAACUGGUGUUUUUUUUUCGCCAAAAAAUUUCCAUUUUCAUUUCGAUUUAAUCCAUUUUUUUUUGUUGGUGGCUGUCGGUCUCCAUGGCUAGAUUUAAUAAUAAAAAUAAAAAACAAAAAUCACCACCAACAACAACAACAACAAUACCGGCUGCUAAAAAUGCUGAACGUGAACGUGGCCGUGUUCGUUGUUUACGGAAUGCUUUUCAAACAUUACAACAAUGUUUACCAUCAGUGCCACCGAAUACAAAAUUAUCUAAACUAGAUAUAUUGAUUUUGGCAACAAAUUAUAUUCAAAUAUUGAUGCAAAUACUUGAUAAUAAUAAUCAUAAUAAUCAUGUAGAUGAAAAGAACAUUGAUGAAAUUGAAAAUUCAUUAUCAUCCAAGGUUUAUCGUCCAAUCAAGAAAUGGCCAAUGCGUUCACGUUUAUAUUCAACAAUGAUGAUGAUGAUGAUGAUCAAUGAUGACCAAUGACGAUGAUUUGAACAAUCGAAUAAUUGAGUAGUGAUCGAUCAAUCGAUCGAUCAGAAAUAAAAAAAAACAACAAAAUCAAAUGAUUUGCCACUUUUAUUCAUCUUUAA